AUGUUAACAACACAAAGUUUAGAAUCUAUGAAUAAACUGUUGAAAAGAUUUUUUGAUAGUAAAACCAUGCUCUCAGAUUUUCUAGUUGCUUUUGAACAAGCACUUGAUGCCUGUGAAGAAGCUGAGCAUAUAUUUGCAUAUAAGGAGCUUGUUUAUCCUACCCAGUCUAUUUCUCAAAAUCUAAUUAAAAACCAAGCUGCUAAUUAUCUAUCAGAACUGGAGCUUGUAAAGGAUUACAUUAAUUUCUAUAACCAUUCACAACCUCAAGCUUUAGAAACUUCAACAGUAAAUGAAUCAUUUAAUCCUGAUAAAUGUGCAGAUUUUAUAAAAUAUCUCGAAAAAUAUUUGGAGGCUUUGUAUUUUUUUUCUGGCAAUGUUCAAAAUCCAGUAUCCUCGAAAUACCUAAUAAUUAAUAAUCUCAUUAAGAGCAAGGCUGUUAGGAGGCCCAAAAAAGGAAGAAUCAGAUGUGAAAAGGAGAAUGUGUCUGUAAAAAAGAAGCGUAGUUGGCCAAAAAAAAUUCUUGAAGAGAAUCAGAACCAGAUCCAAGAUCAAGAUGAGAACUUAAGAUAUUUACAAAACAU